AUGCUUCCUCAACCGCUUUUUAAUACCCGAAUGAAUACUUGCAAUAAAGAUAGUCAAAUUUUUGCUUACGGUAAUUUUGGUUAUGGAAUUUAUUUACAAGAUGUUACACUUUAUCGCAAUCCAUAUACAGGAUGUAUCAAUGUUGAAGUUGAAGUUGAUUUUACUCCAACACGUAAUCAUUAUUUUCAACUUAUGACUACUGUUCCUCCUCUUAUUCAUCAACAUUAUAUUAAUUAA